ACAAACCGUCCAUGGUGGAAGUCCGUCGUUGAACUUCCGGUCCCUCGGCGCACGCUUUCCUUCCGCGGUUUUGUGAAACGAAUAUCAUACGAGUAACUAACGGCUUAUAGAAAAUAAAGAAGUAUGAGUAAAGCACAUCCACCCGAGCUGAAGAAGUUCAUGGACAAAAAGCUUUCAUUAAAGUUGAAUGGAGGCAGACACGUGCAGGGCAUUCUGCGGGGGUUUGACCCAUUUAUGAACCUGGUGGUGGAUGACUGUCUGGAGAUGGGCCCAGGAGGACAACAGAACACCAUCGGCAUGGUGGUCAUCAGGGGAAACAGCAUUAUCAUGUUGGAGGCUUUGGAGAGAGUAUAAGAGAGGAGGGGGCAGCUACAGAUGGAGAAGAGAAUGAUCCACACAUUUUUACAUCCUGUUAUCCCUUUUAGUUAUUUGUUCCUUUGAAAGAGGCAAUGCCAGCUUUGUGUCUUUGUUGUAAGAUGUCUGAUUUCCAAUGACAGGGAUGUUUUUUUCUUUUCAUUUUGAAUUGUGUAAUCUUGUGAAUAAAUACAUUUUUCUUCUUA